CUGGGAAUUACUAUUGAAUUUUUGUUCAUAACUGAAACUAUACUAAAAUACUAGCUGUACUAACUUCAGCCUGAGGGGAUCAUAUCCGUAUGUUGAGUCCCCGGUCAUAUCUACCGACAUCUAUCGUCAGGCCUGCCAUCAUCAAACGGAAUCCGAAGCUUUUUACUACUAUGCCUGCCGCCAAAGUCAUUAGUGAAGAGCCUUUGGACAACAAAGACGCAAAAUGGAUCCGUCUCAAGAAGAUCCACUACACUGAUCAAGACGGAAAACACAGGCUUUGGGAAUCUGCUGAACGCACAACUCGCAAGGAUUCUGGAAUAGAUGGUGUUGCUGUCCUCGCUGUUCUUCGUUCCAAGACCAAGGCUUUCCCCCUCUCGACGGUCAUUAUAGAGCAAUACCGUCCUCCUCUCGAUAAGAUCGUGAUUGAGCUCCCUGCUGGUCUCAUCGAUACAGGCGAAACGGCCGAGGCGGCAGCCAUUCGGGAACUGAAGGAGGAGACAGGAUACGAAGCCGAUAUGACUACCGAACCUGAGUCCUCGCCGAUCUUAGUCAGUGACCCAGGAAUGACCAAUUCAAAUAUGAAACUUGUGGUUGUAAGUGUCCUCCUGGAAGAUAAACUCGAAACACCUACCCCAUGUCUUGACGAUGGUGAACAUAUCAUCACCCGCGUCGUAGAGCUGGACCAACUCGAUAUCGAACUCAAAACAUACGACAAAAAGGGCUUUGUAGUAGAUGCUAGGCUCUCUCACUUCGCAGCUGGUUAUGCGAUGGCGAAAAGGAUUAGUAGUGGCACGUUCCCCUGAGGCAAGUAGUACUUAAUCUCCCAUGAUGGACAGGAAAAAGUAGAUUAUCGCACGUCCAGCAUUCAAACUAGCGACAUGUACAACACUGGCUAGUAUGUACU